UGACCUUUAAACUUGUUUAAAACAGAAACAUUUAGCUUAAUGCCUGAAAUGUAAUAGUGUAAUAGAUUAUAUCCAUACUGUAUAUUGUGCCACAGUUACAAUAUUUACAGAGGUGCAAGGAGUUAUUUCACUCUUAAACGGAAUAUUUAAGUGAUCCCCAGCACUGAACUGUGAAUAGGCAACAUGAAUAAAGGCACAUGUUGCGUCUGCAGCACUUCACCCCCAGGCAAAGACACAUUCUGGUCACAUGACAUAUCUAGCCAGCCAAUUGGACUGCAGAGCUCAGAUUUCAGUUCUAGAGGCUCUAAUCCGUGUAGAGGUUUUCAGAGAAGGAGGCUGACUUGAGGGACUCCCCUCUGUCUCUGACUCAGUCCACACUUUGUUAGACUUCCGCACAUGACUACAAAUGGACGACGGAUGGACUGAAUUCGUGGUUCUUGGCUUUGGGCUUUGUUCUGGAAUGUUUCUUUGACCUGCUUGAGAAGAGAAGGAGGGAUUUUAAGGAAUUCAUCCCUCUUUCUUUAAAGCUUCCACCUAGAAGAAGUGAGAGAAUGGGGGCAGGAGCACUCACCAUCUGUCACAACAAAACAUCUGUGCAGAUCAAGAUCAGGGAGGACAUGAAGAGGAUGGUCCAACUGCCGGUGUUGAAGAAUCUGCCGACUUCUGCCACCACUGGAGAUAGUCAGAGGAAAGGUCAGAGGGUGUUCGGCGUGUCCUUGAUGGAGCUUAGCAAAAUGGGAUUGGUGAAGGACGGCGUGCCCUCGGUGAUGAGGAGCAUGGUGGAGUAUCUCAGACAGCAUGGGCUGCAGCAGGAGGGUUUGUUCCGUGUGAGCGCUAGCGUGCGUGCCGUGGAGAGUCUGAAGCAGAGGCUGGACAGGGGAGAGGAGGUGGAUUUCGAGCAGGAGGCUGAGGUCUGCACCGUGGCCAGCUUGCUGAAGCUAUACCUGAGAGAGCUUCCUGAGGGCCUCGUUCACUCCUCCAUUCACAACGCACUCAUUCGGCUGCAUAACGAAUCCAAAGAUGAUGAGUUCUGUAAGAACAUGCAAGAACCCCUGCGAAAGUUACCAGACGUUCAUUACAGCAUCCUGCGCUACCUAUGCCACUUCCUCACGCAGGUGGAACAGCAGCAGUGCCACAACCGGAUGACUGCAUUCAACCUGGCAACGGUGUUUGGCCCUAAUGUUUUCCAUGUGUCCCCUUGUUUUGAAGGCAUCCAGGAGCAGGAUGUCUGUAAUAAGAUCAUGGCUAGGCUCAUUGAGAACUACAGCACCAUCUUUGAGCCAGAUGGAGGACAGGAGCAACCCAAAUUCAAGCUUUCAAACAUCAUCAUGGUCAAAGAGGCCCACAUAGACAUAGUGCAUACAGAUACCAUGUCAACAUCCUCUCCAACACCAAAAGCACCCACUCCACUUCCCAGAAAGAAGAAGGCCACGCAGAGCAGUGCGGUUAAAGACAAGGUCUCACCAAGAGAACGAGAGUUGAGCCUAGAAACCCCAGUACCUGCACCAAGAAAAAAGAAGGUGAAGAGGGUGAACGGUGAAGCAGCACUAAGAUCUGUACCCCAGCCUACUUCUUCCAGCGGUCUUCCCUUCUCAAGACAUUUAUCCCAGCCUUCAGAGCACAGAGCCAAAUCUGGAAUCCACACCCUGGGCUGGAGCUCUCAGGAGGAAAGCAUGGAUCCAAACCCUCCUAAACUCAGCCCCAUUGGGAGCAUGGACACUGUGAGCAGCUCUCAAGGGGACGAAAGACCAAUAUCUCCCUUCUAUGUGAGCUCCCAGCUCUCUCCUGUUCAUUACAGGCCUGACUUAGCACAUUAUCUGGAGAAGACAAUCCGCUCAGCGGUGGAGCAGCACCUCUUUGAUGCUCACAUGCUGCCAGAUCAGAGUUUACAGCAGGGUUUAGCGACAGCAGGUCAAGAUUUGUUACCCGCAACUACGGCUCGUCAGAGGAGGCGACAGCAGAAAGAGCAGGAGGAGAGAGAGAACCGAGAAAGGUGCAGGAAUGACACUGAAAAGGAGAACAUCCCGUCUCGUGGACUGAACAGCGGUGCUAGCGUUAGCAUUAGCAUCAGCAUCAGCGAGGAGAGCGAGAGGAGACUGGCUACUGCUGAUGAAGACUCCAGGUCCAGGAAACCCAAACACAGCCCUACCCUCAGCAAGCUGUCCUGUAACCAAGGCUCACACAGCCAUCACAGCUCAUCCAAAUCACAUGACAGAGACAUGGAAGACAGUAUGGACACUACACAUAACAGGGAAGCGUGGAAAACAAACGACUCUGCUCGUCCUAAGACGCCUGCCAUGAAGAUCCAGGAGGCCAUCAACGGCCAGGAGCCUUCAGACGGCUUCGAGGACGUUCCUCGACUGGACCUGUCCACUCUAAUGGAGGACAGCAACUGGGGAGAACCAGUGCCAGCCUAUUCAUCGUGGCACAGAGACAACAUAGACAGUGAGGAAGCUCACCUCUCUCCCCACACCGGGGGCAAAAUGAUCCGCCAGCUGCUGGAGGAAGACUCGGAUCCCAUGCUCUCACCACGCUUCUAUGCCUACGGGAACUCGCAGCAGUACCUGGAUGACACCGAGGUGCCUCCGUCACCACCCAACACGCACUCGUUCAUCAGCCGACGGCGGAGUUCUUCACUCGGCUCCUGCGAUAACGAAUGCGAGGAGCUCACGUCAACGCAGCUCUCUAAAAAGAUACACAGCCUCAAGAAAAAGAUCCGCAAGUUCGAAGAAAAGUUUGAGGAAGAUCGCAAGUACAGGCCGUCACACAGUGACAAAGCAGCCAACCCUGAGGUCCUGAGAUGGAUGAAUGAGCUGGCCAAGCUUCGCAAAGACCUCAAAGAGCACAGUUUGAUGAAGUCAGAGGAAGAUCUGGCUCCUUUGCCGAGGCAGCGCAGCAACACGCUACCCAAGAGCUUCGGCUCUCAGCUGGAGAAGAAAAGCAGCGAGGCAAAGACGCCCAAACCGCCUGUGGAGAGCACGUUGGAAACGGUGAUGAACAAAAUGCAGGAGAAACGCGUCGAGUCCGGCCGGCCCGAGGACAUCAAGGAUAUGACCAGAGAACAGAUCGGUGCAGAGAAAGUAGCUCUGCAGAAAGCGCUGCUGUAUUACGAAGGCAUCCACGGCAGACCGAUCACAAAGACAGAAAGACAGCUCAUGAAGCCGCUAUAUGAUCGAUAUCGCCUCGUCAAACAGAUCCUGUGUAGAGCAUCCACCAUCCCGGUCAUUCAGGGCUCUCCAUCCAGCAAGCGCAGAGGCCCUCAGCUGCAGCCCAUUAUCGAGGGGGAACCCGCUCUCUUCUUCGACCACGGCAAGGAGGAAGAGGACGGCUCGGACGAAGACAACGACAACAGGAUGCAGUUUACACAGCUGACUGUGCGUCCAGAGCUGAGCAUGCUGGGAUUUCUGGACCACCUUGACGAGGAGGUGGACGGUUUUAUUUCACCGGUAGACGAGUUGUCGCCUUCAAAGAACAGCACCGACAUGAGACUGUCCAACCUGCACGCAGCCACCAUACAGGAACUGGUGGAGCAGCUCCAGGAAGCUCGAGAGGAAAAGAAAAGAAUCCGAAAGAACCUGCGUGAAUUCGAGGACCAGUUCUUCAGGCAAAACGGCAGAAACGUGCAGAAGGAAGAUCGCUCGCCCUUGGCGGUGGAAUACAACGAAUACAAGCACAUCAAGGCCAAGCUGAAGCUGCUGGAAGUCCUGAUCAGCAAACGAGACUCCUCGAAGUUCAUCUAGCAUCCAGCUUCGAAGAGAUGAAGCACAAGGACUAGCAGACUCUGCUCAUGCUAAAAGCUAAAUAAGCUCGUCGAAAGCCCUCCUGUCGAAGUCGCACAUCGGGUGGGGUUUUUUUUUUCUCCACCUCUCUCAAGCCAUCUGUAGCUCUCAGGCAGAUUUGGCUGAAGAAGAUACCCCCCUCCCCUCCAUCCUCCUCCUCCUCCCUGUUGGAUUUCACCACCAAUAGAGAAACAAGCCACUUUCAUCAAGCAAGCGAUGGCACAUCCUACACACUCACGGUGUCGUUCUAUACGUACAGUACGUCUGACAGAGUCGAACCCUUCUGUGAGCGUCUGUUUCAUCAGAGAAGUUCACAGGAUAGCAAACCUGUUCAGUUUUAAAAUCACAUGGUCAUAGAUUUGGGGAUGAUUACUGCUGCACUGCCAGUCAAAUGUUUUUAAACCAGGGGGGAAAAAAAGCCAAAGACACAAUGCCUUUUUUUUUUUUUUUUUUUUUUUAAAUUGCUUUCUUUAUUUAGAAAAGGCUUUUUUUUGUAUAGCGUUUUAUUCGCUCCACACACAACCUAUCCUAGUGGCAGAAAAGCAUGAUCAAGGGUUUUGAAUCUAACUAUCUGUGCUUUCUGUGUAAGGGCGAGAGCGAGAGCGAGAGAGAGAGAGAGAGAGAGAGAGAGAGAGAGAGAGAGAGAUGGUGCUGAGAGCACUGAGCGCCGAGCACGUCGAACCUUCCUGCGUAAAGAGCAGCUCAGAAAGAUAAAACACAGAAAUCAUGCACUAGUUUUCACUUUUCCUGCUUUCUCACGUGUAGCAUUUCAUCUGAAUCGGACCCUGGUGUGGGUUUUUUUUUUUUUUUUUUUUACCAUCAACACAAUCGCUAGGGGGCACGGUGGCUUAGUGGUUAGCACGUUCGCCUCACACCUCCAGGGUCGGGGUUCGAUUCCCGCCUCCACCUUGUGUGUGUGGAGUUUGCAUGUUCUCCCCGUGCCUCGGGGGUUUCCUCCGGGUACUCUGGUUUCCUCCCCCGGUCCAAAGACAUGCAUGGUAGGUUGAUUGGCAUCUCUGGAAAAUUGUCCCUAGUGUGUGAUUGCGUGAGUGAAUGAGUGUGUGUGUGUGUGUGUGCCCUGCGAUGGGUUGGCACUCCGUCCAGGGUGUAUCCUGCCUUGAUGCCCGAUGACGCCUGAGAUAGACACAGGCUCCCCGUGACCCGAGGUAGUUCGGAUAAGCGGUAGAAGAUGAAUGAAUGAAUGAAUGAACACAAUCGCUCUGAGAGAGAGAGAGAAAGAGCAUCUGUAUGAGCAGUCUCAUCCAGCACAUAAGUCAAAUCCUUCAGUACUGUUGACUGAAGAAAAAAAAUUUUUUUUUAAAGAUUUUAAAUCAACGUAUUAGUUUGUCUCAUAAUGAUCUGAUCCUUUAUUCAGUGCAGGCUCAAUAUUCUCAGUGCUUCAUUUAACACCACACACCCAACCACACACCCUCCUUUAAUUAACCACAAAAACCCCAAACAUAUUAAUUAGUCUCUGAUUUCCAAUCAGCACCAGAACUAAUACAUAAAAACGCAUUCAUGUUCAUAGACAUUUGACUGGCAUUGGGUUUUUUUUUUUUAAUCCCAAGAGGGAUUCUGUAUCUGAAAUCAGCUGAGAGAAGGUUAAGACAAUUAUGGGAACUUCAGGGUAACAAAACAAAACAAAAACACACCAUUUUACGAUCCUUCUUUUUAUGACGGUGCCAUAUUUCACACACGUCUACGUGACGUACGAAUCCAGUCGCAGCUGUAGGCUGAAGGUCUCUGUCGUAUCCUUUCACGCUUUCUCAGUGCAGUAAUUUGCUCAGUGUAGCCAAAGCAGAUUAUUUAGUGAGAAUGUUUGUACCUUUUUUUUUUUCUUCCGAGUCUUUUCAUAAGUCACGUGGCGAAAACGCACAUCAUCUCGAUCAGAGAUAACCAGCGAAGCUGACGUUUUGCGUGUGCAUUUUUACUUUUUGUUAUUGCCGGCUCUAACCAGCUUUUAUUGUAUAGUCACUGUGUAACAAUGACAAUGACACGGGCCAACAAGCAACCUGACUGCUUUCUUAUUGAGAGAGAGAGAGAGAGAGAGAGAGAGAGAGAGAGAGUGAAUUGGUUUGAUUAAUAUAGAUCCAGAGUUUAAACUAAGCAUGUUAUUCUCUCCUGUUUUUCUCGUAAACAGAUAUUUUGCAGUGUGACCUUCGUUUUUUACUGAACGUGAACACUGAUGGUUUAUCAUGAAUAAGGCUGUGUACAUUUUAGUACAUGAUUUAUUUGUAUUUUGUACAUAUGACUUAAAGCAAAACCUAUUUUUACUGAA